AAACUCUUGAGCUCCUGUACCUCUUAGAAAGCACAAUUGAAUCAGAUAUCAUGCAAAAGACAUACACACUUCAUAUAAUGCUACCUGCAAGUCUCCCUAGAAAAGCAGUUUUUGUAGGUGAAAACAGUGAAACCAGGUAAUAUUCCAAGGAGGCUGUAAUUUUUGCAGACCUACCAAUAGCACUGAUGUAGGAAGCUCAUUAUUUUAAUUUCUGGAGCCUUUUAAUUUUUUCUUUAGAAAGUAUAUAAAUAGUUGGAGUGCUGCUUUGCUUCCAAAACUGGGGGUGAGUUCAACAGCGACAACAGCAGCAGCAGCUCUUAUCCUGGCCGUCAUGGAGUUUCUUGAAAGAACUUAUCUGGUGAAUGAUAAAGCUGCCAAGAUGUACGCUUUCACACUAGAAAGAAAGAGCUGCAAAUGGACACUUCCUAGCAAUGUGGAACUCCAACAGAAACCGGUGAAUAAAGAUCAGUGUCCCAGAGAGAGACCAGAGGAGUUGGAGUCAGGAGGCAUGUACCACUGCCACAGUGGCUCCAGGCCCACAGAGAACAGGGCGAAUGAACACGCCUAUGCCAAGUGGAAGCUCUGUGCUGCUUCAGCAAUAUGCUUCAUUUUCAUGAUUGCAGAGGUCGUGGGUGGGCACUUUGCUGGGAGUCUUGCUGUCGUCACAGAUGCUGCCCACCUCUUAAUUGACCUGACCAGUUUCCUGCUCAGUCUCUUCUCCCUGUGGUUGUCAUCGAAGCCUCCCUCUAAGCGGCUGACGUUUGGAUGGCACCGAGCAGAGAUCCUUGGUGCCCUGCUCUCCAUCCUGUGCAUCUGGGUGGUGACUGGCGUGCUGGUGUACCUGGCGUGUGAGCGCCUGCUGUAUCCCGAUUACCAGAUCCAGGCGACUGUGAUGAUCAUCGUUUCCAGCUGCGCAGUGGCAGCCAACAUUGUACUAACUGUGGUUUUGCACCAGAGACGCCUUGGCCACAAUCACAAGGAAGUGCAAGCCAAUGCCAGCGUCAGAGCUGCUUUUGUGCAUGCUCUUGGAGAUCUAUUUCAGAGUAUCAGUGUGCUAAUUAGUGCACUUAUUAUCUACUUUAAGCCAGAGUAUAAACUAGCCGACCCAAUCUGCACAUUCAUCUUUUCCAUCCUGGUUUUGGCCAGCACCAUCACUAUCUUAAAGGACUUCUCCAUCUUACUCAUGGAAGGUGUGCCAAAGAGCCUGAAUUACAAUGGUGUGAAAGAGCUUAUUUUAGCAGUCGACGGGGUGGUGUCUGUGCACAGCCUGCACAUCUGGUCUCUUACAAUGAAUCAAGUAAUUCUCUCAGCUCAUGUUGCUACAGCAGCCAGCCGGGACAGCCAAGUGGUUCGGAGAGAAAUUGCUAGAGCCCUCAGCAAAAGCUUUACGGUGUACUCACUCACCAUUCAGAUGGAAUCUCCAGUGGACCAGGAUCCAGACUGCCUUUUCUGUGAAGACCCCCGUAACUAGCUCAGUCACACUGUCAGCCUCCCAAAUUUGACAGGCCACCUUCAAACAUGCUGCUGUGUAGUUUCUGCAUCAUAGAAAAUAAGGAACCAAAGGAAGCAAUUCAUGUCAUGGUGCAAUGCACAUUUUAUCUAGUUAGCUAGCUCCAUUCACCAUGAAGGAAGAGGCACUGAGAUCCAUCAAUCAAUUGGAUUAUAUACUGAUCAGUAGCUGUGUUCAAUUACAGGAAUGUGUAUAUAGAUUAUUCCUGAGUGGAGCCGAAAUAACAGCUGUUUAUAACUAUCGGCAAUACAAAAUUCAUCUCCCUCCCAAUAAUGCAUCUUGAGGACACGUAGGUAAAUUUGAACUCAGGAAAGUCUUACUAGAAAUCAGUGGAAGGCACAAAUAGUCACAAAAUUUUCCCAAAACAUGAGAAACAAAAAAUAAGGAGAGCCAAGUCAGGAAUAAAAUGACUGUAUGCUUACACCCCAUUAGAACUUGGUUCUCUCACCAAGCUGUAAUGUGAUUUUUUUUUUCUACUCUGAAUUGGAAAUAUAUAUGAAUAUACAGAGAGGCACUUACAACUAAUUUUUAUUUACUUGUCACAUUUUGGCAAUAAAUCCCUAUUUCUAAAUUCUAACUUGUUUAUUUCAAAACUUUAUGUAAUCACUGUUCAAAAGAAAAUAUUUUCACCUACCAGAGUGCUUAAACACUGGCACCAGCCAAAGAAUGUGGUUGUAGAGACCCAGCAGUCUUCAAGAACAGCCGACAAAAACAUUCGAGUUGACCCCACCAAGUUGUUGCUACAGAUAAUUUAGAUAUUUACCUGCAAGAAGGAAUAAAGCAGAUGCAACCGAUUCAUUCAGUCCACGAGCAUGAUCUGAGCACUGCUUUGUACUAGACAUUGGGCUUAGCAUUGGAACUAUAAAGAGGAAUCAGAUGCAGCAAGUGCUUCUAUGUCAUGGUAGCAACUCAACACUAUCUGUGGAGAGUAAACUAAAGAUGUGCAGGCCAAUAUUCUGGAAAUCCGAUGUCGAUGGUUUUGGUUUGGAACCUGGACUUCUGCAUUUUUAAAAGUUACCCAGAGAUGCUUCUAAAGAUGAGCCAUAGUCUAGAAGAUUGUCAACCACAGGAGGUCAUUGAGCGGGACACCUAGACACAUACACAGGCAGCUCCAGUAAUAUCUUGAAUUGCAAUGAUAUAGUGGGCUAUAAAAGGAAAGCAAUAGAUAUUGCUGGAUGGGCAUGGCCAGUGAGGUUUUAUGUCACUGAGGUGACAACCCUGUUGGACUUUGAAUUACAUACGGAGGUUCUCCAGGCAGAUGAAGAAGAGAAGGCAUUCUAGACAAAAGGAAGACUAGGCGCAAGGCACACUUAUGUUUGUCUGUUAGCUUUUAGUUGAAAAAGCAAAAUACGUGAUGC